GUUUCUGCAAUGUUGGAAGUAAAAAGUGAAAGGUAUAAAAAAGUGCGCAACUCAAUCACUCAGCACUCCACCAGAGCGCACACCGCGUUUCGUGUCUCCUUCCGGUCCCACGUUUGACGGACGGCGUUUACCACUCAUUUCUUUCUCUCUUUCUUUCUCCUUCCUUGCCUUUUCUCGCUUCCUCUAUCCAAAUUCCAUCAACUCUUCCCGGCAAAAACCCUAUCCCCCCUUUCCCCAAUUUCUCCAAUUUUUUGGUACUAAAGUGAGUAAUAGUAGUAUUACAUGGAUCAAACUGAAAGUGGCAAUGCAUCGAUUGCCAGGAAUCUUUGCUCACAAAAAGCGCGUCGAUUCUAAGCAAAAACAGCGCGGCGAAUCUUCGGUUAAGACGGCAAAGCCGAGGUUACAACGGUUGAACGCUAAGAAGAAUAUUGACUACGAACCUUCUAUGCUUGACUUUAACUGUGAUGACAAUAAGAGUUUUCGGAUCGAAGGGAAAAAAGCUGACGAGUUUCUCGAUUUUUUUGAAAAGUUGGGGUUUUCUGGUCCUGAUGAUUUCGCUAUUCCUGCUGAUGAAUGGGAUGCUAUGAUUGUACGCUCGUCCUCCGCCGAGGUUAAUAAUUAUAGUGACAGUAAUGAUGUGAGUGAGGGUUGUGCUAAAGCAAUUCAGCUGCAGAUUGAUAAACAUGUGGUUGAUGCUACUAGCAACGGCAGCUGUUGUGGAGGGAGUGGUGCUAUAGUUAAGGAGAAUAUUUGUGGAUAUUCGGGUAUUGGUAAAGCUAGUGAUGUAAUUCAGCUGCAAAUUCAGUCAGUUAAGUUAAAUGAUGACGGAGCUGGAGUUGUUUGCAGUGCUAGUGUGAUUAGUGAUGCUGUUUCAAAUGGAAAUGAACAUGUAAGUUUACUUGGAGGUGGUGGUGGUGGAGGAGGGAUAAGGGGUUUAAGGCCGCCUUUUCUGGCACCUCCACCGGUUAUGUCACUGCCAAUUGUUGAUGAUGCGUGUUCUACUUGGGAUAUUUUUAAGGCAUUUGGGCCUGAAGAUUGUACGGGAUUAGGAAUUGUGGGUAAUGGGAUUUGUAGAUCUGAGGUUGUUGAUGGAGAUGAAGAAUGUAUUAAGAAUGAGGAGGAUGAGGAGAAUAGUACUAGGCGGAUAUUAGGAGUGAAUAGUUUACUCUCUGUGUCCAGUUCUUUUACCACUACUUCAAAUGAUGAUGAUUCUUCCAGCUCCACCACGGAGCGUAUGUCAAUCAUCUCACCUAAUGGGAGAUUCGCGCGGUUCAUUACACGAUGGGACAAGGGUGAACUCCUAGGACGUGGAUCAUUUGGAUCCGUCUACGAAGGAAUUUCAGAGGAUGGUUUCUUUUUCGCUGUGAAGGAGGUCUCAUUACUUGAUCAAGGUGAUGGGGGAAGGCAAAGUCUAUACCAACUUGAACAGGAGAUUGAACUUCUGAGUCAGUUUGAACACGAGAACAUAGUCCGAUAUUAUGGAACCGACAAGAAUGAUUCAAAAUUGUACAUCUUUCUUGAGCUGGUUACACAAGGAUCUCUGUUGAAACUUUACCAGAAGUAUCACCUUCGGGAUUCGCAAGUAUCUGCCUAUACAAGACAGAUUUUACAUGGUUUGAAGUAUUUGCAUGACCGAAAUGUGGUCCACAGAGAUAUUAAAUGCGCUAAUAUAUUGGUGGAUGCUAAUGGAUCAGUCAAGCUUGCUGAUUUUGGCCUUGCAAAGGCUACUAAGUUUAAUGAUGUCAAGUCUUUCAAGGGUACUGCACUCUGGAUGGCUCCUGAGGUUGUGAACAGGAAGACCCAAGGUUAUGGACUUGCAGCUGAUAUAUGGAGCCUUGGCUGCACCGUCCUGGAGAUGCUCACUCGCCGGUUUCCUUACUCCAACUUCGAUAGUCCAAUGCAGGUACUGUAUAGAAUUGGAAAGGGGGAACCUCCAGCUGUUCCUAAUACCCUUUCGAUAGAUGCACGAGAUUUUAUUAACCACUGUCUGCAAGUGGAUCCAAGUGCUCGUCCAACUGCUUCUCAGCUCUUGGAGCAUCCGUUUGUGAAACGAGCACUUCCCUCUUCCUCAGGCUCAGCUUCUCCUCUCAAUCUAGGCAGGAGGUUUUGAAAUCUUUUCUUUUCUUCCCCAUUGGAUCCUCGAAUUUUUUGGUGGGAAAUAACCUGAAUGCGUCUCCCGGAUCUGUAUUUGAACAGAGAGUUCAGGUAUCUGAUGUAUUGGAACCACAUCGAAAGCUGUUUGCAAUCAUGGUCAAUGCCUUUGCUGCAGUGUAAUUUUGAGCCCCACCAGUCCCCUUCUUUCUGUCUCUUGGCGUCUCUCUCCUACUCCACCGUGGAAGAAAAGAAGAGGUCGGGUAGUGUGUUGUAUAUGUAGUUUGAUUCAUAGUUGAUUGCUUGAGCCGUUAUGGGAUGUAAAGAUAGAUAACCCAUUUGAAAUGUAUAUAUCACUAGAAGAGGCCCAUUUGUUGCUUCA